UGUAACGGGCAGGCAGCGCUCACUACUUCGUGCUUCAAUUGCAACCUCUUCCCGCCUCACGUCAGAGAGCCUCCUCACGGACAACACAACGGUACAAUCAAUCUCGACAAACGCGCGGCCGCCUCUGCUCCUCUGCUCGCUGCGGGCCUGUGGCCGCCUCUGUCUGACUGCCUCCAUGGCCGUUCAUCGCUCUCGCCUCUCUGUUCGCCGCAGAUCGCGUUGCUGCUUUGUUCAAAAGGUUUGACACACUUGGUUUACCCAGGCGCUGUUCAUUCCAGAUUUGAGCAUUCUCUUGGAGUGUACUGGAUUGCUGGCCAAUCUGUUGAAAAGCUUAAUAAUUAUCAAGGCAGUGAGCUUGGUAUUGAUAAAUUUGAUAUUCAAACGGUGAAACUUGCUGGACUUAUGCAUGAUGUGGGACACGGGCCACUCAGUCACUUGUUUGAACGUGAGUUUCUCCCCCAAGUUAUGAGCGUUUCUGAUUGGUCGCAUGAACAAAUGUCUGUCAAUAUGGUUGAUCAUAUAGUUGAGGAACACCGUAUUGAUAUUGAUCCUCAAAUGUUAAAAAGAGUCAAGGAGAUGAUAUUAGCGAGCUCCGAAUUUGCUCUUCCUAGGGGCUCAAGUGAGAAGAGUUUCCUGUAUGAUAUUGUUGCAAAUGGACGAAAUGGAAUCGAUGUUGACAGAUUUGACUAUAAUGCUCGUGACUGUCGAGCUAGUGGUGUUGGAUGCAACUUUGAAUUUCAGAGGUUAUUGGAGACCAUGCGAGUUUUGGAUGACGAGAUUUGUUAUUGUGCAAACGACUAUCUUACCAUCCACAAGUUGUUUGCAACUCAUGCUGUUCUGUAUAGAACAAUUUAUACACAUCCAAAAGUAAAGGCAAUAGAGCUUAUGGUGGUUGAUGCAUUUGUGCAAGCAAAUGAUUAUUUGCAGAUUUCAUCUAGUAUUCAAGAUCUUGGUGAAUAUUGGAAGCUGGACGAAUUGAGGGUUAUGAUUCAUUCUGGAAAGCAAGUAAGCUCUUCGUUAAAACUGAAACCAAGGGUUUCAAGACUGUGAAGUUUAUGAACUGAACUUAGUAAAUGUUGGUUGCAUUUUCAUAUUACAUCCAAAUCACAGAGAGAUCGAAAGAAAGGAGGCAAACCUAACAUUAUAGGGCAUUCAUAAAUUUGAAGUGUUAAAAGGCUGGGAAACAUGUUAUCUCUAUCCUCAUUCGAUAAACUCGUCAGGUUUGACAACCCCUUAGUUUUAAAUUUUCUAGUGUUCUUAGACCUCCUGCAACUCCAUUAUUGGAUGACUCCUCGUAUAAAUAUUUUACAUGAGUCGAGUUAAAUAUUUUAGAGAAGAACUAGACAUCCUAAACUUGAUAUUGAAUAAUUGAUAUAGGGACAUUCAGGAAUAGUUUUUAUUAGCACACUUACUAUUUAUGUGAGAUGAAAUUUUGGACAUACAAGUCUUGGCAUCAAAGGAAAUUGUACCACAAUAAAACUAUUUUUAUAAAGUAGUAAACUAUGAUAUCCAGACUUUGAAGUUGUUGUGUUUGAGGUUACGUUUCAAUUGUCUUAUUUCUACCAAAAGAUAUCCGUUUUUAUUGCCAACUACAUAUGUAGUGUUAAAGUCGUAGGGGAAGCCAACAUCCUUAUAUUUGGAGGCAAGCUUGAUAGAUGUUGCAAACUUUCAAGUGUCCAAAUUAUUAGACAACUUUUGGAGGCUAUGAUCUAACUUUAAAAAUCUGCAAAUUCCACGAUUUACAUUCUGAAA